AUGAGCGCGAGUAUCCAGAGCGAAGCAAUGGCCGCCUCACCCGUUGCACUAAAGGCUGCAAAAAAAGAGUUGAGAUCCUUGAUGAAGAAGAAGCUCUCAAAUAUCUCUUCAGAGUCUACAAAUGCUCAGAGUACCAUCAUAUUCAAGAACGUGAUCAGCUUCAAACCAUACCAACAAGCAAAACGCGUUGGCAUCUAUCUUUCCAUGCCAACUGGCGAAGUCCAAACAGAUGAAAUUGUACGCCACGCCCUUGAAUCAGGCAAGCAGGUCUUUGUACCGUUUCUCCACAAAGCUCGGGAUCCACCACCUGAUACCCCACGCUCGGUCAUGGAUAUGGUAGAUUUAACAUCCCUCUCGGACUACGAGUCCUUGGAAAGAGAUAGUUGGGGAAUCCCUACUAUCGAUGCAGCUACCGUGGAGAAGAGAGAGCACAUACUGCAGGGCUCGAUGAAGGAGAGCAGGCCACUUGACAUGAUCCUCGUGCCCGGAGUGGCCUUUGAUAUUGAUCCAAAGUCAGGAUAUGUGAGGCGCCUUGGCCAUGGAAAAGGAUUCUAUGACUACUUUUUGCAUAGAUAUGUGCAGAGUCGAGGGUCACAGAUUCGGGAGACAACAAGUCCAGGAACCGAUGUAUUGCUGUGCGGCCUGGCUCUCCGGGAGCAAUUUCUGGCCACCGAGACUGGCUUUUCGGUGCCUGUUGGAGACCAUGAUAAUCUCCUGCACAGUCUGGUGGUUGGCGAUGGAAAAGUCUUGGAGGGCCCUAUCAGAGAAUUGAAUUCUGAGGACAGAUGA